UCAACUAUGGCUAUAGUAUUCUUGCAUUUUGCAAGAAUUCCCAUUUCUGCUAUUCUCAUCCUCUACCUCCUCACUUGUGGCUGUUUUUAUGGAAAAUGUGAUGAUUUUGAGAGCGGCUCAACAGGAAGUUCAGUUGGUUUUGUGGACCCACCUGAGAUUGUUGCCAAAGCAUUGCUUUGCUUUAAUGACAGAUAUAUUUACAGCGCGUGUGAAGAAUCGUGUAGAUUAAAGGAGAGUGGGAAUCUGGAGGUCCCACAAGAGAAAACGGAAGAAUAUUGCAACGGACCGUGUUUGAGUGAAACGCAUUUGGUGCUGGAUUGCAUUAAUGGCAUUUUUAGCAACUUCUUGUUUUACAAUAGGGCCACCUUGCAAGAUGUUAGGGAUACCAUCCAGGCUGGAUGUGGCUAUGGCCCACAAAGAGGAAACUUUGAUGUGCUAGAGCAUAUAAAGGCAGAAAGAGGCAAUGCUUGCAGGGCUUCCAACAAGGCAGUUCUUGGAUUUUGCCUUUUCAUUUGGGGCCUUUUUAGCUUAUUGCUUUGAAAACCCUCAUUAUCUC